UACAUUAGUCCACGUGUCUCUUUGAUUUGAUGCCACGUGUAAAAGCGUGUCCUGAUCUCUAACUAUGAAACACACGCUGUUCAAGAUAUUAUAUCAUUGACCAAUCUUCCAAAAAAAAUAAUUCAGCUAUAAAUGCUUUGUUCUUCAGCUAAAAAUCUCAAAUAUCUAAGGCAAUUUGCUUCAAUUCUAAGGCCAACCCAUUUGGAUUCAGUAUCAAAUCUUGCUGUUUCUCAUUUUUCUAAGCCCAUCCAUACAGUUUUACCCCAUUCUUUAUCUCCUCCUGUUGUUGCUCCUAAAGCUUUUGAGUUUUUGGGUUUGAGAUUGAAUCGUAACAUGGCUAGCCAAUCCAACAAGCCUCAAUCUGUUUAUGACUUCACUGUCAAGGAUGCUAAGGGCAAGGACGUUGAUCUCAGCAUUUACAAGGGAAAGGUUCUUAUCAUUGUCAAUGUUGCAUCACAGUGUGGCCUGACUAAUUCAAACUACACCGACAUGACGGAGUUAUACAGAAAGUACAAGGACAAAGGUUUGGAGAUUCUCGCAUUCCCUUGCAACCAGUUCGGUGGGCAGGAGCCUGGAAGCAUCGAAGAUAUCCAGCAGAUGGUUUGCACUCGCUUCAAGGCCGAGUACCCAAUAUUUGAUAAGGUCGAUGUGAAUGGCGAUAAUGCUGCUCCACUGUAUAAGUUUCUGAAAUCAAGCAAAGGUGGGUUCUUUGGUGAUGGUAUCAAGUGGAAUUUCUCCAAAUUCCUCAUUGACAAAGAAGGAAACGUCGUUGAUCGCUACUCUCCAACCACUUCUCCAGCUAGCAUGGAGAAGGACAUCAAGAAACUCUUGGGCGUUGCAUGAGCUCUGGGUUACGCUGUUUCUGCAUUUGGUGCUAGAAAUAACGAGCGUGUUAUAGCGAAUAAGCUGUUAUGUUUCAUGUAAUUUUCUUCUUGUUCAGCUGCUACUACGUUUUACUGCUUGUACAAUCUCAAUAAUCAACAUAUUUCUUAUUACACGUA